UGCUCUUUUAAUUUCUAAACAAGAUUCCGAUUGACAUUUACUUGUCAUUGUCAUUUGUCAUUACUGACAUCGAUCAUGGCGACCAACUAGCUAAUUUCACAUACAGUAACUACAAUAAUUUUAGUGUGUGUGUUGUUGUAGUGGGAAUGUUUAUAUUUAUAAUGUGCUCAUAUUUAAUGAAUGUCAGUGUUCAUAUGAGUGUGGAGUAGUGCUGUUUGUUUAUGUAACGAUAUGUUGAACGUGCACAAAUUAUGGCUAUUUACCAGUAUGUGUGUUGUUGUUGUUGUCAUUCUAUAUUUCCAGUCGGAAAUAACGCGACUGGAGGACGUGUAUCGCAAACUGGAGUUCAGAGUGUUGCAGUCGCAUUCCGAGGCUCGUCAAUACACGACGAGAGACCCGCCGAGAGAUGACGACAAUCUAGUAGUUAUUUAUAAUAGAGUUCCUAAGACUGGCUCCACGAGUUUCGUUGGCGUAGCUUAUGAUUUAUGUAAGAAAAAUCAUUUCAAAGUGCUACACAUCAAUAUAACGGCCAACAUGCACGUCAUGUCGCUCAGUAAUCAGUACAGAUUUGCUCAGAAUGUUACCAAGUGGCAGGAAGUGAAGCCCGCUCUCUACCAUGGUCAUAUGGCAUUCCUUAACUUUGAAAGGUUGGUUGGAACAAACACGAGGCCUCUCUUCAUCAAUUUAAUCAGGAAGCCUCUAGACAGGCUCGUGUCGUAUUAUUAUUUUCUGCGACACGGCGAUAACUUCAGGCCUCAUCUAGUGAGGAAGAAACAUGGCAAUAAAAUGACAUUUGACGAGUGUGUGGAGAAGGGUCAGGCGGACUGUGACCCCAGCAACAUGUGGCUCCAGGUGCCCUUCUUCUGUGGACAUGCUGCCGAGUGCUGGUCGUCCGGUAGUCCGUGGGCGCUGCAGCAGGCGAAGCACAACCUGGUGCAUCACUAUCUAGUGGUGGGCGUGACGGAGGAGAUGCUGGCCUUCAUCAGCGUGCUGGAGGCGACCCUGCCGCGCCUGUUCCGCGGCGCCACCGACCACUACCGCAGCAGCAACAGGUCGCACCUCCGGCAGACCAGCGCCAAGAUAGAGCCCUCGCAGCGGACGGUCGACAGGAUACAGCAGUCGGUCAUAUGGAAGAUGGAGAACGAGCUGUACGAAUUCGCGUCCGAGCACUUCAAGUUCGUCAAGAAGAAAGUAUUGAAGGAGGCCAACAGCGCGCCGCAGGUGUUCUUCUACGAGAAGAUACGACCGAAAUGACGCUCUGCCGCACCGCGUUAAGGACGAGUUUCGUCUGAAGUCUGAACAUUCCACGAGACGGCGUCCCGCCUUCGCUCCUAGGUUAUUAACGUAUAAAGACAUCACCACAAAGACGCACAACGACGCCGACAGCCUCGGACAGCAUCAAACGGCCUAUAUGUUCAUAAUUAAUAAAUAUCGGUCUUAACACCUAUUUUGUAUGUAGA